GGGACCGCUGUUUAUUUGCAGCUGGGCCACCGCGGCGGCGGAGCACGGGGCGCCCGGGCGGGGAGAGUGGGCGCGCGAUGCCCGAGCAACGCAGGCCGCCGCGCGCCCGGACCCCGGCCGGGGAGGAUGCGCGCCGCGCGGGAGCGGCCGUGCCGGCGGCGCGAUGCUGGUGACCCGCGGGGACCGCGGCGGCGGGGAGCGCGCGCCCUCGCGGCGCCCGCGCUGCGGGCUGAUUCCGGCCGGGGCGGCUGCGCUGCUAGCCGGGGCCAGCUGCUUGUGCUACGGCCGCUCACUGCGGGGCGAGUUUGUGCACGACGACGUGUGGGCGAUCGUGAACAACCCCGACGUGCGGCCCGGGACCCCGCUGCGCUGGGCCGUUUUCGCCAACGACUUCUGGGGCAAAGGCCUGGCGGACAGCACCAGCCACAAGUCCUAUCGGCCGCUGUGCGUGCUGUCCUUCAGGCUAAACAUAUUUCUGACUGGCAUGGACCCUUUCUACUUUCAUGUGGUGAACGUCAUUCUACACUACCUGGUGACCCUCGUGCUGAUGUAUACCUGUGAUAAAACAGUCUUCAAGAAUCGUGGACUGGCUUUUGUCACAGCCCUGCUGUUUGCAGUGCACCCGGUCCACACCGAGGCGGUGGCUGGCGUCGUGGGCAGAGCUGAUGUGCUAGCCUGUCUCCUGUUCCUGCUCGCCUUUCUUUCCUACCACAGGAGUCUGGAUCAGGACUGUGCAGGGCAGUGCUUCCCCGCCACGGCUUCCCCCUUCUUCCUGCUGCUCAGCUUGUUUCUGGGGACCUGUGCCAUGCUGGUGAAGGAGACGGGCGUCACUGUGUUUGGGGUGUGUUUGGUGUAUGACCUCUUCUCCCCCUCCCACCAGCAGGACAAGUCGAGCAAUGGGGUGGUCUGUCAGCACAGCUCACAGCAGCCAGGGAACCCCCAACCCUCCUCUCAGCAUGCCCACCCCCACCGUGAGAGCAGAAAGCAGCGCUUCCCACCGGAGCCCAAGAGCAGCAGGUUCCCUGUGUCCCCAGGAGCAGUGUGGUCCCUGAUGAGGUGUCUGACAGGAAGCAGCAAUGGGAAUUUCCUGCUUACCCUGAGACCGUUUUUAAAACGGGCCAUUUUGGUCAUCAGUUAUGUGACUGUCAUUUUGUAUUUCCGCCUGUGGAUAAUGGGAGGAACUAUGCCACUCUUCUCAGAGCAGGACAACCCAGCUUCGUUUUCACCUUACAUCCUUACAAGGUUCCUUACCUAUUCCUACCUCCUGGCCUUCAAUGCAUGGCUUCUGCUGGCACCCAUCACCCUGUGCUACGACUGGCAAGUGGGAAGUAUUCCUCUGGUGGAGACCGUAUGGGAUGUGAGGAACCUCGCUACUGUCCUGCUGGCAGUGGCGAUGGCCUUGCUGAGCCUACACUGCAUGGCAGCCUUCAAGAGGCUGGAGCACAAGGAAGUGUUGGCCGGCUUGCUGUUCCUCGUGUUCCCGUUCAUUCCAGCCAGCAACCUCUUCUUCAGGGUGGGCUUUGUGGUGGCCGAGAGAGUCCUGUACAUGCCUAGCAUGGGCUACUGCAUUCUCUUCGUGCAUGGACUGAACAAACUUUGCACUGGGCUGAGCCGGUGUGGAGCCACCUCCCUGAUGGCAUCUACUGUGUUGUUGCUACUGCUUUUUUCCUGGAAAACUGUGAAGCAGAAUGAAAUUUGGUUGUCGAGAGAGUCCUUAUUCAGGUCUGGAGUUCAGACUCUGCCCCACAAUGCAAAGGUUCAUUACAACUAUGCCAAUUUCCUAAAAGACCAAGGUCGGAACAAGGAAGCCAUCUACCACUACAGAACCGCCCUCAAGCUGUACCCACGCCAUGCAAGUGCGCUGAACAACCUUGGGACACUGACAAAGGACGUGGCAGAGGCAAAGAUGUACUACCAGAGGGCACUGCAGCUCCAUCCGCAGCACAACCGCGCACUCUUCAAUCUGGGGAAUCUCCUGAAGUCCCAGGAGAAAACAGAAGAAGCCAUCGUGCUGCUGAAGGAAUCCAUUAAGUAUGGUCCAGAUUUUGCUGAUGCCUACUCGAGCUUGGCUUCUCUCCUGGCUGAGCAGGAAAGAUUUAAGGAAGCUGAGGACAUCUACCAGGCUGGAAUAAAGAACUGUCCAGACAGCUCAGAUUUGCACAACAACUACGCAGUUUUCUUAGUUGACUCUGGCUCUCCAGAGAAGGCCGUGGCUCACUACCAGCAGGCCAUCCAGCUCAGCCCAAGCCAUCACGUGGCUGUGGUGAAUCUGGGCCGACUCUACAGGUCCUUGGGAGAAAACAGCAUGGCAGAAGAGUGGUACAAACGUGCCCUGAAGGUGGCCCGCACGGCCGAGGUCCUGUCACCUUUGGGAGCACUCUAUUACAACACUGGCCGACACAAGGAGGCUUUGGAAGUGUACCGGGAAGCUGUCUCACUCCAGCCUUCCCAGAGGGAUCUCCGCCUGGCACUGGCACAGGUUUUAGCAGUGAUGGGUCAAACCAAAGAAGCUGAAAAGAUGACCAGUCACAUAGUGUCUGAGGAACCCAGAUGCCUGGAAUGCUACCGCCUCCUAUCGGCAAUUUACAGCAAGCAGGAACACCAUGAGAAGGCGCUCGAGGCCAUAGACAGGGCUCUUCAGCUGAAGCCCAGGGACCCAAAAGUCAUAUCUGAACUUUUCUUCACAAAAGGAAACCAGCUGAGAGAGCAGAACCUUCUGGACAAAGCUUUUGAGAGCUAUGAGGCUGCUGUGACCCUGGAUCCUGACCAGGCACAGGCGUGGAUGAACAUGGGUGGCAUUCGGCACAUCCAGGGAAGCUAUGUGUCUGCAAGGGCCUAUUACGAGAGAGCCCUGAGGCUGGUUCCAGACAGCAAGCUGCUGAAGGAAAAUCUAGCCAAGCUGGAUCGCCUGGAGAGAAGGUUACAAGAAGUCCGAGAAAGGGAUCAAACAUAGCUCCAAGGACACAGUCACGUGGGACUCAGCAGGCUGGAAGAGGACCGAGUGGGGGCGGCCUUGCUCAUACACAGCAGGCUCUGCCAGCCAGGCAGUCCCCUCCUGGUGGCACAGCGAUGGGACAGCUGCUGGGGACUGUGCUGAGUUGUUUCCAUGAAGGAACAAACAGCCAGGGCGAGCAGGCCACCUGCAGGGGAGGGAAACAGCCUGUUACCGGUUCCUCUGUGUCAGUCCCUGGUCCCAGGAUGCAGACACUGAGCUCCAUUCUUACUGUAGCCCAGAAACACAGAAGCUUGGAGUUCUGUAGAGGAGACAGCUGUUCAUAAGGAAGGCUGUGUCCUCUGAAGUCAGCUCUUGGGAAAGUCUACUUGUGGAAGUUUAAUAUAUUCGCAAGAAUCCGGAAUGGAUGGUGAAGAGCACUGGUAGAGUCUUGUGGAAGUUAUAGGAACAGGGCACUUGAUUGCUGGGCUUGGUCUAAUAACUCCCAAGAGUAUCUCUAAGGACCUUUGGAGAAGUACAUUAAAUUCCACUCUGAUAUAUGCUUUUCCAGUGCCUAAAACAUGAGGGGAUCUUCUAGAAUUGUAUGUGGGUAUCUUUAUUUCUACAGGAAAAAUCUCCCUGAGCAGUAAAAAAGAGCUGAGCAUCCUUGAUUCUUUAUGAAAAUGUUUGAAUUGUAUUCCAGAUUGUACUAGAGUUGUGUCUCCACAUUGAAACUUCUCAGUGCAUUAACCAGGAGACUACUACCCUAAAAUACGCUGCUCAGGUGGGGAGCGGCAGCGUGCGCUCUACAUGGAAGUGUUAAGGGGUCAGUCCAGAGAAGUGCUCUCCUUUAGACGUCAUGAGAUUUAUUAUUUUUGAAACACUGAGGGACCUUUACAUUGUGUUACAGAAUUCCUCACAGAUUGAGUUGAGGGAAGAAAGCUCUAUUUACUGACUUUUGAGGUUUAGUAGGAAUUCUGUACUUAAAAGACAAGUGACCAAAAGCAAACCGUCUGCUUAGUAAGCUUGCAGACUACAUGGAGAAUGCUCUAAAACUCUCGGGUAAAGUCUAAAUUCAUAAUUUUUUAAAAAUAUAUUUAUAUUUAAAAAUGAGGAAGGCAAAGUUGAAAUCAUAAUUUGACAUUAUUUUUAGUGUUAUUUAUUGUAUAACUUAUAAAAUAUUUAAUAUAUAUCCACAUGUCUUGUUUUUUUUCUCUGUACAUAGUUAUUUUGAUAGCAGCUGUCAAAACCAAUCAUAUGAAAACUGCAAAAUAAGAAAGCUUUAACAGUCUCCCCAAAUAAUACUGGUUAUUUGCCACUUAAAGCUAAUGGAAUUAGGGGUCAGCUCAGUGUCUGGGUAGUCGGUGAAGGAGCUGGGUGCCCGCUUCUAACUGGUACUUAUCACUGGAAACAGAAACACACAGGAAAUGCAGGUCCCGAUGCUGAGACAGUUGUCAAACACACGUGACAGCCGGAAAGCAGAGUCUCACCUGCCCAGCCAGAGGGGACCCUGCUUCUGGGAGCCAGUAUUUGUCACUGUCACCUCAUGUAUGUAAUUGUCAGUCCGUGUUACAUAUCAUAAAUUGAUCCAGAAUCUUAUUUUCUUCUUCCAUCUAAGACAUCUUUAGUACCAAGGUAAAAACUAUGUACCUUAGUGUUUAUUAUAAAGUAAUUCCAAGCCCCUAAUUUGGAAAGCAGGGGUCCUUGGUCACAUCUUAGUACCACUUUGUAGAAUAAUAUUUACCAAAAUGGGUGCAUUAAAAACGAAUGGGACAGAUUGAACUUCAAAGUUUGACAUAAUUCUACCUUAUGUAAAGUGCUACAGAAGGUCUCCGUGUAAACUUGUUGAAAUAAUUAAAAAGGUAAUUACAACAUAAA